UAAAAAACCAACCAACCACACAAUAACAACACGGAAGCGACGUGUCUAGCCGCUUUCCUAUUGGCCGGACCCCGAUCAUGUGACUCCACGCGGAGGAACACCCUCACUUCCGCCAGGCGAGCGACGGAUCGCUCGGGUUCGGAGCUUCGGAGACCUGCUCGGCGCCAUGGCGUCGUCCCAGGGUCGGCGGCGGAGACCGGGGACGGUGGUGCCGGGGGAAGCGGCGGAGACCGACUCGGAGCUGUCUGCGUCCUCGUCGUCAUCGGAGGAGGAGGAGCUGUACCUGGGUCCGUCGGGCCCGACGCGCGGCCGCCCCACGGGGCUCCGUGUGGCCGGGGAGGCAGCGGAGACCGACUCGGACCCGGAGCCCGAGCCCACGGCCGCGCCGGGAGACCUGCCGCCGCUCGUGGUGCAGCGCCAGGCGGCGGCGGAGACGUGGGGCACGGAGGAGACCCCGGUCGCGGCGCCCGCGCGCUCGCUCCUGCAGCUGCGGCUGGCCGAUAGCCAGACGCGCCUGGACCACGACGUGGCGGCCGCGGUGAGCGGCGUGUACCGCCGCGCCGGCCGCGACGUGGCCGCCCUGGCGGGGAGGCUGGCGGCUGCCCAAGCCACGGGGUUGGCGGCCGCCCACAGCGUGCGCCUGGCUCGCGGGGACCUCUGCGCGCUCGCCGAGCGCCUGGACAUCGUGGCUGGCUGUCGCCUGCUGCCGGACAUACGAGGGGUACCGGGCAUCGAGCCGGAGCAGGACCCGGGAUCGAGAGCCUAGGCUGACACCGCACCGGACUCUCUCUGUCCGUGAUCCCGGAUCACCGCGGCCCCCAGUGCGUGGUAGCCUUUGGUUUGUGCCGACAGGAGCCGCGUCCUGGCAUUUUCUUUGGUUUGGCCUGAUUUUAUCCGUAGCACAAUUCUGGGAUUCCCCAACCCCAAAACUCGGUUCAGGUUUCGUGGACAUCAACCCUGGUCUGUUUCCUCAAUCAAGCUUUACUCUGGGGCUAGGCUGGGCUUUGAUUCUGUUGUGAAACCUCCCUGGGUCUAGGCUGGGGCGCAGGGUGGGGGGUGGGGGUCCCUCUCGUUUACAUCCUCAAAGGAUGCCACUCCUGACCCACGGAGACCUUCCCACACACCCGCAGACCCCUGUGGCCAGAUGAAGGAACCAAGCUAGGCCUUGGUCUGGGGCAGCGCCCCCUGGUGUCGUCGGUCGCUACAAGACAUGACUCCGCACAAAAACCUAACACUGUGUUAGGUUCUGGAUUUCUGAUCUCUCUGGGCACUGAGGACCUCAGUUUCAUUUUCGCUUGUUUGGGUCCUGACUUUACUCCCUUUGUCUUAUCGCCUGGUUCCCCUUAUCCCAGUCCCAAGCUGACCUGUAGGAUGGAGAAGUAGGAGAGAAACUCUCUGACAAGGCGUUUCCCCAUGAAGUCACUCCCGCGGUCUCCCCUUCUGAGCCGAGGGAGAGUGGAAUGGUGAUUUCUCCAGAGAAGGGUCCCAGAGGCACCUGCCUAGCUUGUGGAGGGUGAAGCUGGGCCCUGGAGAGGUGGUAACAGCACUGACAGCCCUUGGAGCCGUUCCUAGGUUGGUCGCAGCCAGCUGUAACCUCAGCGCCAGUUUAUCCAACGCCCCCUUCUGGCCUUCAUGGGUGCCUGCACUCAGAUGCACAUACCCCGCCCCCCCCCCAACACACAUAAAUAAAAAUCUCAAGGUAAAGCUCUUAGAAAAUCAGAGUCCAGUGAUGGAGAGAUGGCUCAGCACUUGAGGGCACCAACUGCUCUUGCAGAGGACUGGGGUUCAACUCCCAGCACCCACAGGGCAGCUCACAACUGUCUUUAGCUCCAGUUCCAGGGGAUCCAACACCCUCAUACAUACACGCAGGCAAAAACACCAAUGCACAUAAAAUUUAAAAAACUAAAAUAGAAAAAAGAAAACCAGGGCCCUUCAUGUUUGCCGUGAUAAUACACUUAGUAUAUUAAGUUAAUCCACUUAUUUUAGGGGUGCCUGUAUAUUAAGUUAAUCCACUUAUUUUAGGGGUGCCUGUGUUGGGGCACAAUAGCAGCCCCUGCCUAGUAGGAGAGACAUGAAUAAAAUCGUCUAUAAAUAGUUCUAGGGGUUUAUUUAUUUAUUUAUAUAUAUUUAUAUAUAUAUUUGGCACUGUGAGUAGAGUCUUUUUUUUAAUAUAGAUGCUGAAGUGCAUCUCUUUUUUUUUUUUUAAGAUUUAUUUAUUUAUUAUGUACACAGAAGAGGGCCCCAGAUCUCAUUACAGAUGGUUGGGAGCCACCAUGUGGUUGCUAGGAAUUGAACUCAGGACCUCUGGAAGAGCAGCCAGUGCUCUUAACCUCUGAGCCAUCUCUCCAGCCCGAGUAGAGUCUUUUGGGGGAGGGUUUGUUUUGUUUUUGUUGUUGUUGUUGUUGUUUUUGAGACAGGGUUUCUCUGUGUAGCUUUGGAUUGGAGCCUUUCCUGGAACUCACUUGGUAGCCCAGGCUGACCUCGAACUCACAGAGAUCUGCCUGGCUCUGCCUCCCGAGUACUGGGAUUAGAGGCGUGCGCCACCGCCGCCCGGCUGUGAGUAGAGUCUUAAAGAAUGGCAUGCACUUUGGGGAGGUGUGAUGGGCUCCAGGAGGCCCAGUGUUGGGAGAGGGUGAUCACAUGACCUCCCCAGGGACCUGAGGUGAUGGCCCUGGAGGUAGGUGAGACGGGAGUGGGCUCAAGAGAAGCUGCGGGUCCCAGAACAGCACAGGCAGAGGUCCCGGUUCACAGGGCAGCAUGAUUUCCUUAGCUUUGGGUUGCUCUGACAAACUAUCCCUAAAAGCAGCUUCUAAAGAGGAAAGGCUGCUGGGUGUGGUGGCGCACGCCUUUAAUCCCAGCCCUCGGGAGGCAGAGUCAGGGGGUCUAUGUGAGUUCGAGGCCAGCCUGGUCUACAGAGCGAGUCCCAGGAAAGGCACCAAAACUACACAGAGAAACCCUGUCUCGAAAAACCAAAAAAAAAAAAAAAAAAAAAAGGAAAGGUUAAGGCUGGAGAGAUGGCUCAUACGAUAAGGUGACUGCCACCAAGGCUGAUAACUAAGAACUAAGAACCCAUAGUGGGAGGGAACCAGCCUCCAAACUUCCCUCUGGCCUUCACACAUAUGCUGUGACACAUGUGUAUCUAAGCCCAUACACAAGUGUUUUCAAAGGAAAGUUUUUUAACAAAUCUUUUUUUUUGGGGGGGGGGGCUAGGGUUGGAGACAGGAUUUUCUCUGUGUAGCCCUGACUAUCGUGGAUCUUGUUCUGUGGACCAGGCUGGCCUUGAACUCAGAUUCAUCUGCCUCUGCCUUCCAAGUGCUGGGAUUAAAGAUGCACACCACCGCG